AAAAUCAGAUAAAAUGCCUAGUUUGAAAUUAUCAAUAAGUGGGAAAAUGAAAUAAAGAAAGACAUUAAGUGUUUCACUGCAUCUUUAGCCAUCGGCUUUCAUUCUUCCAAGAAUAUCAUGCACAUCACAAACCAGGGAUAGCAAACAGGUUUUAUCUUCUACCCAAUUCUUAUCAAUUGGAAUGACUCAAUGAUGGAUGGAUUCUGUGGACACAUCAGGUUCGUUGGGAAAAAGUCCCUAAUCAUUUAUUGAUGUACCCUACAAGUGCAGAAGGAAAAAUGAUGCAGCACAUGCCACGUAAUUAGUACUGCUAAUAAUCUCAAACUUGUAAAUCAAAGUGGUUUGCCAGUACCAGGAAAAAGCAGCCGUAGGUCAGAGGAGUUUGGAACCCAGGCCAGGCUGUUGUCUCAGGAGUCUGGUGGAGCUCACAACCAGGGUUUCCAUCUGUUCCUUCAUUCACCUCCUCCUUCCAUUGUUCAGCACUGCGGUUGUGUAGCCUGAUCCCUGGCACACCUUAAGCAGGUCCUAUAUCUAAGGAAGGAAGGGACAGGAUUAAUGCAAGAACGGCUCAGCAGGCCCUCCUGUGCUGGUGGCUUGUUGGGGCUUGGGAACUCGUGAGCUACCCUGGAGGAAGAGCUUCAAGAGGACAGAGAGGAGAGUCGACAAGCAGAAAGCAAAGGUCUGGGUCUUGAGAACCCCCACCUGGAGUCUGCACUGUCGAGUCCACAUACUAAAAUGUCCUUGGAGGAAAUGAAAGAUCUGCACCUGGAGGAAAAAUACCUACAACCAGAAACCACAGAAAUCGACGGAAUCCUCAUGACCAAGCUGAUAAGUGAUAACUGGGACAAAAUCUGGAAUUUCCAAGCCAAAUCUGAUGAUCUCCUCAUUGCAACCUACGCGAAGGCAGGUACAACCUGGACACAGGAGAUUGUGGACAUGAUCCAAAAUGAUGGAGAUGUGCAGAAGUGCCAGAGGGCCAACACCUUUGACCGGCACCCUUUCCUAGAGUGGUCUUUACCUCCACCUCUCAACUCAGGUCUGGACCUGGCCAAUAAGAUGCCUUCUCCCAGAACCCUGAAGACUCAUCUACCUGUUCAGAUGCUACCACCGUCCUUCUGGAGAGAGAAUUCAAAAAUUAUCUAUGUAGCCAGAAAUGCCAAGGACUGUCUGGUGUCCUACUAUCAUUUCUCAAGAAUGAAUUCAAUGGUGCCUGACCCUGGUACAUGGGAGGAAUACAUCGAAACAUUCAAAGAUGGGAAAGUGCUGUGGGGCUCCUGGUAUGACCACGUCAAGGGAUGGUGGGAUGUGAAGGACCAGCACCGCAUCCUCUACCUCUUCUAUGAGGACAUGAAGGAGGACCCAAAGAGGGAGAUUGAGAAGAUACUGAAGUUCCUGGAGAAAGACGUAACAGAGGAAGUUCUGAAUAAAAUCAUCUAUCAUACCUCAUUUGAUGUCAUGAAGCAAAACCCAAUGGCCAACUAUACUACUCUACCCAGCAGCAUCAUGGACCACUCCAUCUCCCCUUUUAUGAGGAAAGGGAUGCCUGGUGACUGGAAGAACUACUUCACUGUGGCCCAAAAUGAAGAAUUUGACAAGGACUACCAGAAGAAGAUGGCAGGGAGCACUCUGACCUUUCGCACAGAGACCUGAGAGCUGCGGG